AUGAUGCCUUCCGGCUGGCAGACCGCACCUCCUGGUCUUCAACAUCCGACUCCUGUUCCUCCCAUCUCGAAUUACGCCUACCCGCCCAACCCAGCCUACACGCCGGUUCAGGUCCGUCAGGGCUUCGGCCAGUAUCCUCCUCACCCUAUGCCUCACGCCCCUGUUGCGAUGCCCUCGUCCGAAACUGUCACUCCCGCACCUGCCGCCCCUCCGCCGAAGGGCAAAGUUGUAUUCUCUCCCUCUGUUCGCGAAUAUGUCCGUCGUGCUUUCCUACCAGCCAACCUGAACCCGUCAGUCUCUAGGGAGGAGGUCGAGGCCAAGUUGAAGGAGACGAUAUCCAGCGCCGUGGACACUGGUAGCAUCGACUCCAUCGACUGGGAUAACAUGCCAUCACCCACUGCUCUUGUUCAAGCGGCCCGUCAUCAUGCAGCUGCUACUUCCAUGUUCAAUGUGAACGCGAAGAAGCGCAAGUCGACUGAUCUCGGCGGCGAUGAUCAGUCCUCUGCUGUGCCGUGGCGUCAUACUAACAGCAACCCCUCUUCGUCCCUUGAGGAUCGCAUCACACACCCCUCGCCUGAUAAACGACCCAGUAUGGACGAACCUCUGCCUAAAUCCAGUAAGUUCCAGAAGCAGCUGGAGAAACGCCAGCGCCGAUGGGGUAACUAUCAGUCGGCGCCACGAUCCCCCACGCCUCCGCCGUCAACGGGUCCCGUGAUCGGUACCUGUGAGGUUCUUGAGAAGAGAUACCUGAGGUUGACCUCUGCCCCCAUCCCGUCCCUGGUGCGACCCGAGCCCGUGCUUCAUCAAACCUUGGAUUUAUUGAAGAAGAAGUGGCGGAAGGAGAGCAACUAUUCCUACAUUUGCGACCAACUGAAAUCCGUACGCCAAGAUCUGACCGUGCAGCGGAUCAAGAAUGACUUCACUGUAACGGUCUACGAAUUGCACGCCCGGAUUGCCUUGGAAAAGGGGGACCUCGGUGAGUACAAUCAGUGCCAGACCCAGCUGCGCACUCUGUAUGCGCUGGGUCUGCAAGGGAACCCCAUCGAAUUCAAGGCAUAUCGUAUCCUGUACUUUAUCCAUACCGCCAACCGCACCGGACUGAAUGAUGCGAUGGCAGACCUAACCACAGCAGAGAAGGAGAAGGGCCCUAUUAAACAUGCACUAAGUGUUCGCUCAGCGUUAGCCCUGGGUAACUACCACAAAUUUUUUCAGUUGUAUCUCGACACCCCCAAUAUGGGCGCUUAUCUCAUGGACAUGUUUGUCGUACGAGAGCGUCUCGCAGCUUUGUGCAACAUUUGCAAAGCUUACAAACCAGACGUAAAGUUACGAUUCAUCACUGAGGAACUCGGUUUUGAGUCCGAUCACGACGCUGCUCAAUUCAUUGUUGACUACAAUGGUCAAGAUCUUCUUGAAGAGCGGCAAGAUUCCAUCUCCCUCAUGACCGGCAAGGCUGGCCCGCUAUUCGAGACGGCUCGAAGCGCGGCCUUCCGCACCGUCGAUAUCAAGGGACAGAUUUAA